UGAUCUGAGAUUGGACUUAGAUAAGGAAAUUAGGUGGUGUACUGAAAAUGGUGAGGGCUGCUCGUGUUGACGAGAAGGGACUGAGAAAAGGCGCAUGGAGUGAAGAAGAAGACAACAAGUUGAGAGCUUAUAUUCUAAGAUACGGCCACUGGAACUGGCGAUUACUGCCCAGGUUUGCUGGUUUAGACAGAUGUGGGAAGAGUUGCAGAUUGCGCUGGCUGAAUUACCUGAAACCAGGCCUAAAACGUGGGAGUUACACCAAAGAAGAACAAGAUCUGAUCGUGAAGCUUCACGAUGAACUUGGAAACAAGUGGUCUGCUAUUGCAGCGAAAUUGCCCGGCAGAAGCGAUAAUGAGAUCAAAAACUACUGGCACACACAUUUUGAGACGCGCGGUAGAAAAGCUAAUAAAUCAGGCGGGCAGGCUGGAAUUUUCCAGGAGGAGCAAUCUUCAGAAAUCACUCAUUGCAACACAAGUUGCGGAAAAGCUUUUGCCCGCAGUAGUUGUGAUGAUAAACCUGAUGAUCAGGUGUCCUCUGAUAUGUACAUUCUGGAGUCGUCAAGCUCCGAAACUGUGGUUUCUGGUGCUGUCAAGUGGGAUUCAGAUUCAUCCGACGAACAAAACUGCUCUGAAAUAUUUUCAGGGUCGGAUUCUUUAUUUUUCUAUUCGGGGGAUUUUGCCCGUUUGUCAGAGUCAACCUUUGGAUUCCACGACGGUUUCUGGAGUGAGCCAUUUAUGGUAGACAAAUCCUCAUGCGUCCAAGAUUUCAAUUGUUGGGCACCAGAUGAGGAAGCGCUGUUUUCUCCUGGCCUUUCAAGUUUUGAUGACUACUUGUAGAAGUUAGACAAGUAUGGAUAAUUAUUGAUUUAGAUAUAACUGUUUACUAAUCAAAAGCUGCACAAAUUUAUUCUAAUUGAUUUAUGUUUACAAUUGA